UUUUUUCCUCUGCGAGAAAAACUUCGUCACUUUUUUUCAACAUCAGUCAGCAAAAGCAAACACGAAUCGGAAAACAGUGUACAUUUUUGCGUGGAAAAAUCCCCAACUCCGUUCCAGAUAGCUUCCUGGAAGCGCUCCAAUAGCAGCAGCAGAAGCAGGUCUCGCGAUGCCGGACACGGUGGACGGCGGGGACAUCCCGAAAUCCAAACGACCUUCAGACUCCGCCUUCAAACAGCAACGACUUCCGGCAUGGCAACCUGUGCUCACCGCUGGAACCGUCCUCCCGGCGUUCUUCGUCAUCGGAAUCGCCUUUAUUCCCGUUGGGGUGGCUCUGCUCUACUUUUCUAAUGCCAUCACAGAGUUCGUCUACGAUUACACCAAAUGCGUCCAGUAUGGGUCCUUGAAUCGCACCUGCUCGGAAGUGCUGAGCGCCAAGGAAGCGGACGAAUGCGAAUGCGUCGUAAACUUCACCCUGGAGAAGGAUUUCCUCGGCAAGGUGUACAUGUACUACGGCCUCACAAACUACUACCAGAACCAUCGGCGAUACGUGAAAUCGCGGGAUGACGACCAGCUGUUGGGGCGCCUCUCGAUGACCCCUUCGAGCGAUUGUGCUCCGUUUGCGUACGUGGAUGACGAUCCGAGCCGGCCGGUGGCCCCUUGCGGAGCGAUUGCCAACUCACUGUUCAGUGACACGUUCGAGCUGACGUCGGAAAAGUACGGGCCGGUGCCGCUGUUGAGGACCGAGAUCGCGUGGCCCUCGGAUCGGAAGAUCAAGUUCCGCAAUCCGGAGGGUGACCUUCAGGAGGCGCUGAAGGGAUUCUCCCGGCCGAGGGACUGGAGGACCGAUCUGUGGAAUUUGGAUCCGCAGAAUCCGGACAAUAAUGGAUUUCAGAACGAAGAUCUCAUCGUUUGGAUGCGUACGGCCGCGCUGCCCAGCUUCCGCAAGCUGCACCGCCGCAUCGACCACAACAAGAAGUACUUCGAGAACGGCCUCGGCAAGGGCAACUACACGCUGAAAAUCAACUACUCCUACUCGGUUAGUGAGUUCGAUGGAACCAAGAAGAUCAUCCUGUCGACGACCUCGCUGUUGGGAGGCAAGAAUCCAUUCCUAGGAUUCGCGUAUAUCAUCGUUGGAAGCGUGUGCCUCCUGCUGGGCAUCGUCCUGCUAGUGAUCCAUAUCAAGUGUAGCAAGAAUACCUCCGGCAUCAACAGCGUUAGCCAGCGUACGCCGUACACCUAGGAGUUACUAUCGUUGAACAGCUAAAUUGAGCGAUUUCUGCUGCUGUUUCGUUCGCAAACUACGUAUAUACGUUUCCUAUUGUUUUGGUAAGAGUUUUUCGUUAAUUUUCGCUUCCUAGAUUAAGUUGGGAUCGGUUGAUCAUGAAGGAUUAGGACGCGCGCUGCAAUGUGAUGAUGGUACUUUUUUUCCGUGUAGAACUACUAUAUUUUUAACUUUUAUACGAAUAGGUGCUUAUUUAUCGAAAGUUUAUUAUAGGCAACGACUUUGGUCUGGCAGAUGCAGUAUUCUUGUUCGUUCUUUGUAAAACAUAUGCUUUAAAAUUUAAAUGAGAAUGUUUGAAAGCCAAAUAGCUGUUCAUCGAACCGGUCAUUAAUCAUCAGUGUUGCGAAAAAGAUUAUCAAAAAUCAUUGACGUUAGCUCACACCUGUGCUAGACGUGAAACAUAUGAAAGAAGUAAAGAAGAUAGAACACCUGCACACUCGACUUAACACUUACACUUAUACAGAUGCAUUGGAGUAGAGAAUACAUAUAUCGUUGUUGAAAGUUUUUAAUCACGCCCAUCGGAUGACCCCAUUGCGGUUGAAGUUAGCCCUAGAGAAAUAUAUUUUGUCACCCUUUCCUGGAAACAGAUCGAUGUGAACCGAUAAGAUAGUUUUAAUCCUUGAUAGUAAUAUAUAAUAUCCCCAAGAACAAUGUUAGACGCACUCUUAAUCAAAUGCAAGUUAAUCCUUAGAGAUCACACACUCUCACACAGACACAUUUCUCAAAGUGGCCUUGAGCAGAUCGUUCUGAACGCAGAGUUGCAGAAAUGCUUUUCAUCAUCGAUGAAAAAAAAUGAAGAAAGAACCAUGCCAAAUACAUGAAUAAAAAGCAGCUAAACUAGAAAGAACAGGAAUAAGCAUUUCACAUUCACAUACUGCGAAUAAAUUUGUCAAAAAUCAAUGUUAAGUAGGUAA